UGAAGUCAUCGGCGUGUCACUCAGUGAUUCUCUCAAACACAAACCGCACAGAAACCCCCCCCCCUCAAAGGAACCUUACCCCAGCUCACUUGGACUGAAGACAUGACCAAAGAGACUGAGACUCUGGGAGUGGUCUUUCAGAGUGAGAACUUCAACUACCGUUUCAACACAAACUACAUCAUGGACCCUUGGUCCUACCUGGAGACCACCAUGCCGGAGGACAACUUGUCCAAACCCAGGCUGCACCCGGGGGACGACUUAGCAGCCAUCACCAUGCUUUAUGAACAAUGCAAGAGUCAGAAGGAGCCAAAGAUUACUGCCUGCAAUCGAAACAGUAGCAUCUGCAAAGCAACAGAGAGGACGCCGACCAAUGACCUGCUUUCUUCAGAGACGUCUGCCAAUGUCAUGAAGAUCCUCUCUGAGAGCGUCCCAGCCAGCUACUCCUUGGAGGUGCUAGGAUCCAAGCAGAAUCCAUCCUUGCCACCCAGCGCUGACACCUACGCCACCUUGACCAGUGUGGCAGCGGACACCGACAAGCAGGAGCUCAAUAUCAUCUUUGACUCUUUGCUGCAGAAGUGGCCUGAGACCAGUGCUUUCCCUGACCCCAGUGCAGAGACUCUGACCUACAACGAUCCCUUUCAUGAGGACCACUCCAGUCCCGUCUGCUCUGGCUCGUACACGGGAUCCCCACAUGAGAGAUACAGGAGUGAGUUCCAGUUCUCCCUGGGUGCUCCUGCGGCGUCCCCUUACAAAGCCAGCGAGUUGCCCAUGGUCUACCUGAACAAGGGGCAGUUCUACCCCAUCACCUUGCAGGGCGUGGACAGCAGUGCCUGCAUCACCGCAACCAAAGUCAAGACGGUGGUGAUGGCUGUUUUUGAGAAUGACAAAACCCCGGAAAUGCAGCUCCGCUUUUGGAACCACUGGCACGCACGCCAGCCAACUGUCAAGCAAAGGGUCAUUGACAUCGCAGACUACAAGGAAGUGUUCAGCGGCAUUAGCAACAUCGAAGAGGUCGCCUUCAAUGCCCUCUCCUUCGUUUGGAACCCCAACGAAGAAGCCAAGGUGUUCAUCGGCAUCAACUCACUGAGCACGGACUUCUCGUCGCAGAAGGGCGUGAAGGGCCUGCCCCUCAACCUCCAGAUCGACACGUACGACUUCAGCUCGGGGAGCAAUCAGCUCAUACACAGAGCCGCUUGCCAAGUCAAGAUUUUCUGCGAUAAGGGGGCCGAGCGGAAGAUGCGCGAUGAGGAGAGGAAGAGGACCAAGAGGAGGGGGAAGACGGCCAGUGAUGCCAAUGCUAACAAGCCCUUAGUGAGCAGUUCCAUGUGCAGUGACUGCACCUUCUUCCAGACCGUGGAAGACCACUUUACCCAGCCAGUCCUCUUCAUCCCAGAAGCACAUCUAUCCAGCUUACAGCGCAUGGCCGCACCUAUGGAUGACAAUGAAAGAAGUUCUCGGAAGAGGUUGUACUCGGAUAGAGACCAGAGCGCUUCUCCAACCAGCAAGCACGCCCGCAGAGAAGAUUCCCAAAGAGUUCUGCUGUACGUGAGGACAAGCACCGAGGAGGUGUUCGACGCGCUCAUGCUCAGCACGCCAACGCUGUCUGGCCUACGAGAAGCCAUUUCAGAAAAGUACGGCAUGCAAGAAGACACCAUUGGGAAAAUUUACAAGAAAUGCAAACGAGGGAUUUACGUCAACAUGGACGACAACAUCAUCGAACACUACACCAACCAGUCGGCCUUCCUCAUCGAGAUGUCAGAGGCGGUCAGCGGUCACUUCCAGGUCACCCUCAUUGAAGUAUGACUCCACUCCAGGAUCACAGCUAUCUCUAAAGCACUACGCCAUCAGUACGAAUCACACAAAAACCAACAAAAAAAGACCUGGACUGAACUGACCUUUCAAUUUCGUAUGUGACCAUUAUUUUUGUAAAUACAUGCUGCAUCUCCCUCCAGUUUUUUUAUUUGAUUGCAAUAUUUGAAGCAUUUAUGAAUUUAAGCUUGUACAUAUUAGUUUGUAAAUAGAUUUUAAUAUGACAGUGUUUUAUCAAAUACCGUGUAGGCAAUUCAUUUUGCGCGUUUUUGUAUUUCAACUGAACGCAGAGCUCUGUAGCAUGAUUCGCAGGGCGUUGAUCUUUUUCAGCAUAUAGCAUUAGCAGGUUGCUAUUCUGGCUGCUUUAAAUGUACCCGUCAUUUCCUUUAAAUGAAUCCAGGGUGUGUUUUGUUUUUUACCUGCUAGUAAUGUUUCUUCACUGCCGCCUUCGUCUCGUAGGUUCCUGGUAGUUUCACAGCAUCAUUCAUUCAGAAACAAACGUCACACAUUUCCCUCCGUAAAACCACACAGAGUUAGUAUUGGUCAGCAUUUACCCCAAAAAACUGUGGACAUUUCCUGUCUGUUUGUUUGGUGUGAGCACCGAGAGUUUUACUGGAAACAGUACGAUUGUCUUUGGACUUUCAUGGUAUGGAUGUCAUGUGUGUGUGUCUGUGGAAAGAUUUAUUAUCUUUUUUUUUUUUUUUUUUGCUUCUUCAUAUGUUACGCAUCAUUUCAAAGCGAACAUGUAUCCCUGUAAUAUUUCAUUAUCAAGCCACACGGCAAACGUGGCUGCAUUAAGUCAUACCUUGCCCAUUCUUUUGUAAGAAAAUAAACUAAAGUGCAGAAAC